GGGACGCACGCCUAGUCCCUCCAGGGCUGUUCCUUUCACCCCUCGGCGUCACUGUCACCCCUAGCAACCCUCGGGAGGUGGAGACCCUCCCCUUUAAGGGGAGCCUGAUUCCCCGGCCGUCUUCGUUUCGCGCGCCCGCCCGCGGUGCCGGCGGAGCGAACAUGGCCCAGGCUGCGCGGGCGCUGUGGCCGGUCGGGCACGCUCUGGCCUGGAGGCCGGGCGGUCGCUUCCCCUCGGGACUCUCCGCGCAGCGUCGGGCCGGCUUCGCGGGAGCGGCGGGGGGCCCGGGCCCCGCGGCCACCGCCCGCAAGGGGAGCCCGCGGCUGCUGGGGGCGGCGGCGCUGGCCCUGGGGGGCGUCCUGGGGCUGUACCACACCGCGCGGUGGCACCUGCGCUCCCAGGACCUCCGCGCCCAGCGCUCUGCCGCGCAGCUCUCCCUGUCCAGCCGCCUGCAGCUGACCCUCUACCAGUACAAAACGUGUCCCUUCUGCAGCAAGGUCCGCGCCUUCCUCGACUUCCACGCCCUGCCCUACCAGGUGGUAGAAGUGAACCCUGUGCGCAGGGCCGAGAUCAAGUUCUCCUCCUACAGGAAGGUGCCCAUCCUGCUGGCCCAGGAAGGAGAGAGCUUGCAACAACUGAACGAUUCCUCUGUCAUCAUCAGCGCCCUCAAGACCUACCUGGUGUCCGGGCAGCCCCUGGAACACAUCAUCACCUACUAUCCACCCAUGAAGGCUGUGAAUGACCAGGGGAAGGAGGUGACCGAAUUCUGCAACAAGUACUGGCUCAUGCUGGAUGAGAAGGAGGCCCAGCACAUGUAUGGUGGGAAGGAGGCCAGGGCGGAGGAGAUGAAGUGGCGGCAGUGGGCGGAUGACUGGUUGGUGCACCUGAUCUCCCCCAACGUGUACCGCACUCCUGCCGAGGCCCUGGCCUCCUUUGACUACAUCGUCAGGGAGGGCAAGUUCGGGGCAUUGGAGGGUGCCGUGGCCAAGUACAUGGGUGCAGCGGCCAUGUACGUCAUCAGCAAGCGGCUCAAGAGCAGGCACCACCUCCAGGAUGACGUCCGUGAGGACCUCUAUGAGGCUGCUGACAAGUGGGUGGCGGCCGUGGGCAAAGACCGGCCCUUCAUGGGGGGUGAGAAGCCGAACCUGGCUGAUCUGGCAGUGUAUGGCGUGCUGCGCGUGAUGGAGGGCCUGGAGGCUUUCGAUGACCUGAUGCGUCACACCCGCAUCCAGCCCUGGUACCUGCGGAUGGAGAAAGCCAUCGCUGAGGCCCCCCAGUGACCUGAGUGUCCCGGGAGGGGUGGAAGACAGCAGAAGACGCCGGCUUCCGGGGACCAGGACCGCUGGGUCAGCACUUGAUGCUGUGCAGUGGGGGACG